AUGUCGGAUCCGAGGUAUCCUUACGGCUAUCCGCCUCCGCAGGGUUACCCAGGAUACCCUCCUCAGGGUUACCCUCCGCAGCCGGGUUACCCGCCUCCACCUGCCGGCUACCCCCCUCAAGGAUAUCCUCCACAGGGUUACCCACCCGCGGGCUACCCACCUCAGGGAUAUCCGCCACAGGGGUACCCGCCUCCCGCCGGCUAUCCCCCUCAAGGAUACCCGCCUGCCGGCUACCCGUCUGGUUCUGCGUACCCUGCACCCCACGGCUACCCAGCUGGUCAUGUGGCUCACGUGCAUGUGGGCCACCACAAGCACAAGUUCAAGGGGAGGAAGUUCAAGGGCUUCAUUGGCAAGCAGGCAGUAACAAAGAUGGAGGUCGACAGGAUGGGACACGAUAGUCGAGACGAUGAUCGAGACGAUGAUCGAGAUAUUCGAGACGCGAAACGCGUUCGGGAAGGGAGACUGCGGGUGCGGAGAUUAAUCGCCGAGCGCGCCGCUGCGCUGCGCGAGCUGGCUGUGGACGUGGUGCGGAGCCGCUGGCACUACCUCUUAAUCGACUUCCUCCUCGUCGCGCUGGUGGCCGUGCAGCUGUGGCGCCACGUGUCGCAAGGUGAUUGGAGCAGCCGGCCGCCCGUCGCGGAUCUCGAGGAGAUGAAACUUGAAAACAGCGCGGACGGGCUUCCGAGUUUCUUCGCCUGGUCACCCGCCUCCAAUCCGCAAGCCUCCCCUCCCUUUCCAUCCUCGCUAAGAGCUGACUCGCUUCAAGUGGAAUUCCGUGCGUCAAAGCCACACUCGUCGCAGUCACAACGAGUCUCGACAGACGUUGUCUCGUUAGAAGCGGUCCCAGGAUUGCAUCAACUGCGGGGAAAGCCCGCGCCACAGAAACAACCACUAAUGUUGACCAAUUCUGAGACGCGCAAAUCUGAGCCGUCCAUUGAUGAUACGUACGGGCCGGCGGCUCCACAACAGCCGUUGAUUCUUGCUGGCAGCCGCACAACUGAGAAUGUAACUGCUGGUUCGCUGGAUGCUGACCUGGCAGUUGAGCUGUACACUGCUGUGGCGGGUCCUGACGCGGUUUCUAGUGAUGAUGACGUGUUACUAUCAACCUCAUGGGUUCCUCACACUCCGGAUCUUCCGCUCUGUUGGUCGUCCACGUCAGCAGAGCCAGCAUCCCCGUUACAAGCAGCACCAGAACCCGCUACAACGCAAGGCGGACUGUUUGUAUACGGCAGAGGCU